UUUCACCAGUUCAAGAUGGCGGAUCAGAACGAGCGUUCGUUCCAGCGACAACCGACGAUCUUUCUUAAUCGAAAGAAAGGUCUCGGGCAGAAGCAUAGGAAGUCUAUGAGGUAUAGCCGUAGCGUGGGUCUUGGCUUUAAGACUCCUCGCGAGACGGAAAAGGCUUUUCAGAAACAGUCCACGCUCAACCUCAACAGGAAGGCUAACCUGAAGAAGAAGCCGCUCAGGUUGAGUCGUAGUGUCGGCCUUGGUUUUAAAACUCCCCGUGAGGCUAUUGAAGGUACCUACAUUGACAAAAAGUGCCCAUUUACCGGCAAUGUUUCCAUUAGAGGACGCAUUUUGACCGGAGUGGUACAGAAGAUGAAGAUGCAACGCACGAUUGUUAUUCGUAGGGAUUAUCUUCACUAUAUCCGGAAAUAUAAUCGAUUUGAAAAACGCCACCGGAAUAUGAGUGUCCACUUGAGCCCUUGCUUCAGAGACGUGGAAAUAGGUGAUGUUGUGACCAUUGGCGAAUGUCGACCACUGAGCAAAACUGUUAGAUUCAACGUUCUCAAGGUCUCAAAGGGAACUGGAUCCAAGAAGAGUUUCAAAAAGUUCUAAAUUCUGAAUAAUCCUUGAAAUAUCCGGAUCCUGGCAGUCAGCGAUGCAUUUCCUUUAUGAGAUUGGAAAUACGCACUAACUGCUCGCAUCCCGAUGUGUCAACAAUAAAAAUUUAAAACCUGUAAACGGAUGAAAUAAACUGGUCAUAUUUUGCAGGAAAAA